UUUUUUUUUUUUUAAUCCUCGCACCAAGUGCUUAACCUCAUUGGGGUGGAGGAGAAGGCGGCGGCUGUCUAGUCCGCAGCGGCAACAGUAGCGAAUGAUGGGGCUAAUGGACUGCUGAAUUAUGAAGUAUUUCAGACCCAAUAGUAGAAUGUCACUCUGCCACUCACUCCUUUAUCUCUUACUAGUUAUUUAAAUUGGACUUUUAAUAUCCUACCAGCUGCUCUUCAGACACACAUGGUGCAUUGUUGCCAUUCCCCGGAUUGCAUCUUUGAAACACAGGCUCUUAGUAACCUUCAGCGAACAAAGAGGCAACCUCUCAGAUACAUCUACUGGGAGGAAGUCAUCCUGACUGCCCUCUAGCUUUUGCUGAAUCUGGAUUUGAAUUCCACCAUGGAGCCUCGCAUGGAGUCCUGCCUGGCACAGGUGUUGCAGAAGGAUGUGGGGAAACGACUGCAGGUUGGCCAAGAACUUAUAGACUAUUUCUCAGACAAACAGAAGUCUGCUGACCUUGAACAUGACCAGACCAUGUUAGAUAAACUUGUGGAUGGACUCGCUACCUCUUGGGUGAACUCUAGCAAUUACAAGGUGGUUCUUCUGGGCAUGGACAUCCUGUCUGCCCUAGUGACUCGGCUGCAGGAUCGGUUCAAGGCGCAGAUCGGCACAGUGCUGCCAAGUCUAAUAGACAGACUAGGAGAUGCUAAAGACUCUGUGAGGGAGCAAGACCAAACUCUGCUGCUAAAGAUCAUGGAUCAAGCUGCUAAUCCCCAGUAUGUAUGGGACAGAAUGCUUGGAGGCUUCAAACACAAGAAUUUCCGUACUCGAGAAGGCAUCUGUCUCUGCCUUAUUGCAACACUCAAUGCCUCUGGAGCACAUACUUUAACACUAAGCAAGAUCGUGCCACAUAUAUGCAACUUACUCGGAGAUCCGAAUAGCCAGGUUCGAGAUGCAGCAAUAAACAGCUUAGUGGAAAUUUACAGACAUGUAGGAGAACGUGUGAGGGCAGAUCUCAGUAAGAAAGGAUUGCCACAAUCCCGGUUGAAUGUAAUUUUUACAAAAUUUGAUGAAGUCCAGAAAUCCGGGAACAUGAUACAGUCUGCAAAUGAUAAAAAUUUUGAUGAUGAAGAUUCUGUGGAUGGUAAUAGACCUUCCUCUGCUAGUUCUACAUCAUCCAAGGCUCCACCGAGCUCACGGAGAAAUGUUGGAAUGGGGACCACCCGCCGGCUUGGAUCAUCCUCUCUUGGAUCCAAGUCUUCAGCUGCAAAAGAAGGAGCUGGUGCUGUCGAUGAAGAAGACUUUAUUAAAGCAUUUGAUGAUGUACCUGUAGUGCAGAUUUAUUCCAGCCGAGACCUUGAGGAAUCCAUAAACAAAAUUAGGGAAAUAUUAUCUGAUGACAAGCAUGAUUGGGAGCAGAGAGUAAAUGCUCUAAAAAAGAUUAGAUCUUUACUUUUGGCUGGUGCCGCUGAGUAUGAUAACUUCUUUCAACAUUUACGUCUUUUGGAUGGAGCCUUUAAACUCUCUGCUAAGGAUCUGCGGUCUCAGGUAGUGCGGGAGGCUUGUAUCACGUUGGGGCAUUUGUCAUCAGUUCUGGGGAAUAAGUUUGACCAUGGAGCUGAAGCCAUCAUGCCAACUAUCUUUAAUUUAAUUCCAAACAGUGCCAAAAUUAUGGCCACUUCUGGUGUUGUAGCUGUUAGGUUAAUUAUUCGGCACACACACAUCCCUAGGCUAAUACCUGUCAUAACAAGCAACUGUACAUCUAAGUCUGUUGCAGUUAGAAGGCGCUGUUUUGAAUUUUUAGAUUUGCUUUUACAAGAGUGGCAGACACAUUCACUGGAACGACACAUAUCAGUAUUAGCUGAAACAAUAAAGAAGGGAAUACAUGAUGCCGAUUCCGAAGCAAGGAUAGAAGCCAGAAAAUGUUAUUGGGGUUUCCACAGUCACUUCAGCAGAGAAGCAGAGCAUUUGUACCACACCUUGGAGUCGUCCUACCAGAAAGCCCUGCAGUCCCAUCUGAAGAACUCAGACAGCAUAGUGUCUCUGCCUCAGUCCGACCGCUCGUCUUCUAGCUCCCAAGAGAGUCUGAAUCGGCCGCUCUCUGCCAAAAGAAGUCCUACCGGAAGUACCACAUCUAGAGCUUCCACAGUUAGUACCAAAUCUGUGUCAACAACUGGGUCCCUCCAGCGGUCUCGAAGUGAUAUUGACGUGAAUGCAGCAGCCAGUGCCAAAUCCAAAGUCUCCUCGUCUUCAGGCGGGACGCCUUUCAGCUCUGCCGCAGCUUUGCCUCCAGGGUCGUAUGCAUCCUUAGAGUCCAGACACAUGAGGGAAGACAUGGAGUACGUAGGCCUGGACUCAGGUCGCAUCCGCACGAGAAGGCAAAGCUCUGGGAGUGCCACCAACGUCUCCUCUACACCCUCUGAUAAUCGGGGCCGCAGCCGUGCUAAAGUUGUUUCACAGUCCCAGCCUGGCAGCCGGUCGAGUUCCCCAGGAAAAUUGUUGGGAAGUGGUUAUGGUGGACUUGCUGGGGGUUCCUCGAGAGGCCCACCUGUGACACCGUCUUCAGAAAAGCGAAGCAAGAUUCCCAGGAGCCAGGGAUGUAGCCGAGAAACAAGUCCCAACCGAAUAGGAUUAGACCGGUUUGGGCUUGGCCAGCCAGGAAGAAUACCUGGUUCCGUGAAUGCCAUGCGAGUUUUGAGCACAAGUACAGAUCUCGAAGCUGCUGUUGCUGAUGCUUUGAAGAAGCCUGUGAGGAGGAGAUAUGAGCCGUAUGGGAUGUAUUCUGACGAUGAUGCCAACAGUGAUGCCUCGAGUGUUUGCUCUGAGCGCUCAUAUGGCUCCAGGAAUGGGGGCAUUCCCCAUUAUCUGCGGCAGACCGAGGAUGUAGCAGAAGUUCUCAACCACUGUGCUAGUUCAAACUGGUCAGAAAGGAAAGAAGGGCUUCUGGGCCUGCAGAACUUACUGAAGAGCCAAAGAACACUGAGUCGAGUAGAAUUGAAAAGAUUGUGUGAGAUCUUCACCCGGAUGUUUGCUGACCCACACAGCAAGAGAGUUUUCAGUAUGUUUUUGGAGACUCUUGUGGAUUUUAUAAUAAUUCAUAAGGAUGACUUGCAAGACUGGCUUUUUGUUCUUCUCACACAAUUACUUAAGAAAAUGGGAGCAGAUUUACUUGGAUCUGUGCAAGCAAAAGUUCAGAAGGCUCUAGAUGUCACAAGGGACUCCUUUCCAUUCGAUCAACAAUUUAACAUUUUGAUGAGAUUUAUUGUGGAUCAAACUCAAACUCCAAACCUCAAGGUCAAAGUUGCAAUCCUGAAAUACAUUGAGUCUCUGGCCAGACAGAUGGAUCCAACAGAUUUUGUAAACUCUAGUGAGACAAGGCUUGCUGUCUCUCGAAUCAUAACCUGGACAACAGAACCAAAGAGUUCAGACGUGAGAAAGGCAGCACAAAUUGUGCUAAUUUCUCUGUUUGAAUUGAAUACUCCUGAAUUUACCAUGUUACUUGGUGCCUUGCCAAAAACAUUCCAGGAUGGUGCCACCAAACUCCUGCAUAACCACCUCAAGAAUUCCAGUAACACCAGUGUGGGCUCUCCAAGCAAUACGAUUGGCAGGACGCCCUCCCGACACACCAGCAGCAGGACUAGCCCCCUGACCUCACCCACCAACUGUUCCCAUGGGGGUCUGUCUCCAAGCAUGCUGGACUAUGAUACAGAGAACCUGAACUCUGAAGAAAUCUAUAGUUCUCUGCGUGGAGUUACAGAAGCCAUUGAAAAGUUUAGUUUUCGAAGUCAAGAGGAUCUGAAUGAGCCAAUUAAACGAGAUGGCAAAAAGGACUGUGAUAUUGUGUCCCGCGAUGGGGGCGCGGCCUCCCCCGCCACCGAAGGCCGGGGCGGUGGCGAAGUGGAAGGAGGCAGGACGGCGCUGGACAACAAGACCUCCCUCCUCAACACCCAGCCUCCGCGCGCCUUCCCAGGGCCGCGGGCGCGAGACUACAGCCCGUACCCCUACUCAGACACCAUCAACACCUACGACAAGACAGCCUUGAAGGAGGCCGUGUUCGACGACGACAUGGAGCAGCUUCGAGACGUGCCCAUCGACCAUUCUGACCUGGUGGCUGACCUUCUGAAGGAGCUGUCCAACCACAACGAGCGGGUGGAGGAAAGGAAGGGCGCCCUGCUGGAGCUGCUCAAGAUCACGCGGGAGGACAGCCUGGGCGUCUGGGAGGAGCACUUCAAGACCAUUCUGCUCCUGCUGCUGGAGACCCUCGGAGACAAAGAUCAUUCGAUCCGAGCACUAGCAUUGAGAGUUCUGCGGGAAAUUCUGAGAAACCAGCCAGCAAGAUUUAAAAACUAUGCCGAGCUGACGAUCAUGAAGACUCUGGAAGCCCACAAAGACUCCCACAAGGAGGUGGUGAGAGCUGCCGAGGAGGCUGCGUCCACGCUGGCCAGUUCUAUCCACCCGGAGCAGUGCAUCAAGGUGCUCUGCCCCAUCAUCCAGACGGCCGACUACCCCAUCAACCUCGCCGCCAUCAAGAUGCAGACCAAAGUCGUCGAGAGGAUCGCCAAGGAGUCCCUGCUGCAGCUCCUCGCCGACAUCAUCCCGGGCUUGCUGCAGGGUUAUGAUAACACCGAGAGUAGUGUGCGGAAGGCCAGCGUGUUUUGUUUAGUGGCAAUUUAUUCCGUAAUCGGAGAAGAUCUGAAACCUCACCUUGCACAGCUCACAGGGAGCAAGAUGAAGCUACUAAACUUAUACAUAAAGAGGGCCCAGACCACGAACAGCAACAGCAGCUCCUCCUCUGACGUCUCCACGCACAGCUAAUGGCAGCGCCAGCCUCUUGUGUAGACCUAGAAGCAAUCGGUGGUGCCUCUCAGAGACCUCUCCCCACCCCCGUCAUUGGCUGCCCCGUCAGUGCAAGGAGGCCCGCAAAUAUUUAUUACAAUCAGUAUUUUGGUCCCUUCCAGCUUUCGUGUAGAAUCCUACUGGUAUUGAAUGUAAAGGAAGCAAGGCCUGUGUUGCAGUCUUCACACAAAACAAAAGGAAUCAGAGAAGAGAAGAGCCAUACCGAAACAUGUCUCGUACACUGCUGAGAUCAGGAACCGUGUGGGGCACAGUUCAGUCGGAGCUCUCUAGCCACUA